AUGAAUCAGUUUGAAGUCGACAAUUUUCUUCAUCUGAAUUCUCUACGACUCAGAAGGGAACGGUGGAGUACGGAUGAUGGGAAGAAGCUUAUUCUGACUUUCAUCAACAAAGCUUCAUUCCAACACACUACUACAUUUUUCCAAAUUCACACCGUCGAACCAAUGUCACCAGAACGAAUUCUAGCGGAAAACGAUUUGAUUUUGAAGGAAAAAAUUGCAAAUAACAGCGAAACCGAUUACUCUUCCAUCCGUGUCCAACAAUUCAAGAUGAGACAUUCUGCUCAUUUAGUAUUUGUUGUAAAGGCUUCUUUCGCAAUGCUUGCUGGAUCCGUUUGCCGGCCCUUACCACAUCUUGUAGACGAUUUCAUGGACUCUCCAGUGAUUUAA